AUGAUUGGGUGGAUGCAGAGCCGAAGCAGUGAGGAACUCCAUGGGUGCAGGGAGAAUAGAAGGAAAAUGGCCGAAGUGGUGAAGAGUAUUAGAACUACUCCGUACUUAGUAGCGGUCGAGAGGGGCUGUCCGUGUUUCCGUGCCGUGGGUCCAACUGCAGCUUCGGCCGAAGCGACAUGGAAUCACGAAAAGAAGACCAUUACUCGGUCCAGCCCGCCAACCACACGGGGUCUGGCCGGGCUGCUCAAUUCUCCACCGCCAGACUUGAACAAGCCUGAACAGCAAGUAACCUACCGCGGGUCUGGCCGUACCGGCGGCUGCUGCCAAGCUUGUUGCAAGGGCGCAGCUCUCGUGCGCCAUGAAGCAAAUCCCACCUCAACUCUAUCCCCGAAUGUUGCCCCUCUCCGCGGCGUUAGCCUGCCUGUCGGGAUUUGA